AUGCCGAAAAUAGCGGCUGCGUGGUAUGAAAUGGGCGAGGAGAGGCUUGACAAUACCAACUACGCUCAACGCAUGAACGAGGUCGAAAUGGACACUUUUAUAGAGCGAAUCGAACUGCCAGAGCGCGAAUUGAAUUGGGUAUUAGGAGGUGGAGUGGUGGCCGGCUCACUAACGCUCAUGGCAGGAAAUCCUGGUGUCGGCAAAAGCACACUUGCGCUACAGAUGGCAAAUAUGCUUGCAAAUCAUUCGGCAAUGCAAGAGCGAGGAGUCGUGUAUGUUUCGGGUGAAGAAAGUGCUCUACAGGUUCGAAUGCGUGCAGAUCGACUCGGAUCCCUGAGUAAAAGUCUGUUCGUGGCUAGUGAGACCAAUUUGGACUCGGUAUUUCAAUUGCUUGAAGAAGGAAGUCGACGCGACGCAAGCAGUAAUGAGUAUACGGGAUUUGGCGCUGUGGUGGUAGAUUCGAUUCAGACCAUGUACGCGGAUGAUAUUCCUUCUCCUGCAGGUACUGUCAAUCAAGUAAAAGAGUGCACUCUUCGCUUGCUUCGGCUGGCAAAGUCACGUGGCGUGCCUGUCAUUUUGAUUGGCCAUGUGACCAAGAGUGGUGAUAUCGCUGGCCCAAAAGUUCUUGAGCACAUUGUAGAUACCGUCAUAAAUCUAGAGGGGGAUCCACAAAGUGCUCGUCGGUUCCUUCGCUGCCAGAAAAACCGUUUUGGUAACACUAGUGAGGUUGGAGUCUUCAAUAUGACUGGUGCGGGCCUUCAACCAUUGCCGAAUCCUCUCACGGCUUUCGUCUCGUCACUUAGUGCAGACGAUGGAAGUGAAUGUGACGAAGAUGAAAACAGAGAACCCGAGAGUGAGACUCUAGACGGGUGUUGUGUUACCAUUGCUAUGGAAGGUAAUCGCCCGAUUCCCGUUGAAAUUCAAGCUCUAGCGAACUCGACGCGAUACGACAUGGAUACUGGGUGGGGUGGCGGUCAGUCAUUUUCAAAAGUACGUGGUGUUGGUGUGGCGUUCGACAAGCUGUUGCUGUUGCUCGCCGUGUUAGAAAAGCGCGCCAGAGUAUCUUGUCGCAAUCAAAGUGUCUUUGUAAAUAUUGCGGAGGGCUACACCAUCCAGGAACCAGCGGCUGAUCUUGCACUGGCUGUGGCGCUGGCAAGCUCGGUCUUAAAGCGUCCUGUCUUAAAACGAACCGCAUUUUUGGGUGAAGUCUCGCUGUCAGGUCACGUACGUCCCGUUAAAAUGCUCGAAUCGCGACUCUCGGCAGCGCAGAAAAUUGGAUUAGAAGUAUGCGUGAUUCCCAAAGAGAACGAUCAAGCAACCCGUCGCGCUUUGAAAAAAAUUUUUACAAACACAUUAACUGUGAUCGAGGUAACAACCCUGUCACAAGCCUUGAAGAUCGCGGUUCGUUCUCCGACGAUCACGUCCAUUCAUUCCCGCCUGCCUCGAUGGAACAACCAUGAAGAAGAAAGAUAG